AUGGACGCCGGCAGCGACUUCUGGACGGGCUCAAUCGUGCGCGGCCUGCUGGGGCUGCACAACUUCCUCAUCUUUGCGUCGUCGGCCAUCUUGGUGGGCUUGUUGUCGUAUCUACUGCACCACUCCGGCUACCGGGGACGGCACCUGAUAUUUGAGGAGGUUAUUGCCGUUAUCACACUCUUCUUCUACCUGAUCGCCAUCUUCCUGCCCAUUUUCAAGUCGUAUCGCGGCUACAUGCUGCCGCUCAACUUUGUGCUGACGUACCUGUGGAUUACCUGUCUCAUCUUCUCAUCGCAGGACUACAGUGGCAAUGGCUGCUUGUUCCACACGCCGCCGCUGUUUGGCCGCUGCGGGCUGAAGCACGCGAUUCAGGCCUUCUGGAUCAUUGGAUUCGUCUACCUGUUCUUCAACACCAUCCUGGAGGCCAUGAUGUGGGCCAACGCGAAGCUGCGCGAGGGUCGACGCGCGGGGGAUGCCGAGAAGGGCGCCACGACCAUGGCCGGCACGACGGCGGGCGGCACCAAUAGUGGCGCUGCCGCUACGGCAUUACCGCCCCCGUUACCCCACGCGCGCGAGCCGGACCAUCCCCUCGUGCUAUCGCCCGGUGCCAAGACGCCGGCGCCCAAGUGGCCGGCGCCGACCCGUGCGGACGGCUACCCGAUUGGGCGCGGCAUACAGAUUGGGAAGGUUGGCGUUCAGCGGCCCGGGGGUUUGGAAUGUGGGCGCGGGUAA